GCAUUCUGGCUGGACGUGUUGUACAGAAUAAAAAAAAGAUUAAUAACAAAAGUGACCAAAAAGAGUGCAUUGACAUUUAAGUAAACCUUAUUGACCGUUAUCUUUUUCGUGCUAAAAAUAUGUGUCUACCUACUAUUAGAUAGAACGACUAGUUUAGUACAAUUAGUGUUUAUAUUUCAAUGUAGAUAAACUUUACCAUAGCAUCAAUGCGCGGUAAGAAUUAGAUCUGUCAGAGUAGAUGAGCCAGUGUUGUGGCGUUCAUUAGCAUAGUGUUGUAUCAGUCGAGACUACGCCGAUCGAUUCUUUUCAAAUACUGCCUAUUUACAUACUUAUUUAUCAAAUAAAAUACAGGUAUCUCAGUUAAAUAAGGAAGGCUGUUUGUAGAAGUAUAAUCAGUGUUUUGAAGACAUACACGAGUAUUUCCAAAGAAACCACGGUAGCCCACAGUCCACAAUGCCAGAAGUAGCCAUAGAGGAAGCGCGGCGGUUCAUGGAGGAGAGUCUGCAGUCAGUCGGCACUCCUGCGCAGCAAGCCAAGGACCAUGCUGCGCUGCUACUCCAUGCUGACAUGACUGGACACUUCAGCCAUGGACUGAACAGACUUGAGCUUUACAUAAACGACAUCAGAUCAGGAGCGACCGACGCAAAGGCUCAGCCAGUGGUGCUCAAGCAGAAAGGAGCUACGGCGUGGGUGGACGGUUGUGAUGGACUCGGAGCCACCGUUGGCAACUUCUGCAUGGACCUUGCCAUCAAGAAGGCUAAGGAAGUCGGCGUCGGAUGGGUUGCCGCUAAACGAUGCAAUCACUUCGGUAUGGCAGGUUGGUGGGCAGAGAAGGCAAAGAGCGAGGGCCUCAUAGGAAUGGCAUUCACCAACACUUCUCCUAUCCUGGUGCCAACGAGGGCCAAACAGAGUGCAUUGGGUACAAAUCCACUGGCAAUGAGUGCUCCAGCUAAGAAUGGUGACUUCUUAUCUGUUGACAUGGCUUCUACUGCUGUCGCCGUGGGUAAAAUAGAGGUGCAGAUACACAAAGGAGAACCGAUCCCUGAUGGAUGGGCUCUUGGGCCUGAUGGAAAACCAACCAACGACGCUCAAGUGGCGUUCAAAACGGGCAGGCUGUUACCUUUGGGAGGCUUUGAACAGACCAGCGGGUACAAAGGUUAUGGACUCAGUGCUAUGGUGGAAGCCUUCUGCAGUGGACUUUCAGGAUCGAAUUCGACGCAUAACAUUCGGUCGUGGGCGCUGAAGAGCGACGAAGGAAGUCCUAAUCUAGGGCAGUGCUUUGUGGCUAUCGAUCCGGAGUGCUUCGCGCCUUGCUUCGGAGAGAGGAUGGCAGACUGUCUCCAACAUUGGAGGAACAUGGAACCGGUGGACCCAUCCCUGCCUGUCUUAGCCCCUGGAGACAAGGAGCGCAUCAACGAAGAGAAGACGAAGAAGAAGGGAACCAUCACAUACGCACCCAACCAGAUACUCCACUGUAAUGAGCUGGCUAAGAAACUCAACAUAAAGCCCAUACAAGUCUUGUGAAAAGUGGAGUAGCGCGUGAGAGUCCUCAAUUGCCCGGCCAAGUAGAGGAUACUGUUCGAAGCAAACGUGCGAAAAGUCUCGUCAAAAUAAAAAUAAUGUCUUCUAUUAACUUGUAAUUUUGUUAUACAUUUUUAAGAAAAUAAAAUAGUUUAUUUUUCAUAAAGAA